AUGGAGGCCAGCCAUGCCCACUCGCCGACCCUUUCCUCGUCCGAAACCAUAAUGGCCGCCCUCCUCUCAUUCGUUCCCGCCGUGCGGCUCCCUUCGCUGGUCCGGGCGCUUGGCGCGGACGCGCGCCGGCAGCGCGGCCGCCUCGCGUUCCUCCUCCUCUCCCCGCCGCAUUUCGCCCGCGCCCUCGCGCGGCUCCGCUCCAUGCCUCUCCCAGCCAAGGCCGCGCUGCUCGGCCGCGUGCUCCUCCGCUCCCUCCUCAUGCUGCUCCCGGCGCUCUCCCCCGACGGCUCCCACCACCUCCUCCGCCUCCCGACGCCCGACCUCGACGCCGCGCUCCUGCUCGUGGCCAUGUGCGACUCCUACUCCCCGGCCGCCUCCUCCGCGUCACCCGUGGACUGGCACGCGCUGCUCGUCGACGACGUGGUGCGCAACGCGCUCUCCAUCUCCGGCCUCGGCGGCACGCCCUGGGCCACCGUCGCGCCGUACCUCGACGCGGCCGCCAAGUGCCGCCGGUUCGCGGACGUCGUCUCGGAGGACCGCGCCGUUGCCGGCGUCGGUGGCGAUGGUAACAAAAACAGCGUGGGGCGCGGAGGUGCGUCGCACGCGACAGUGCUGGCGCUGCCGACCGCGCCCGGGGACGGGACCCCGUGCGCGAUCUGCAGGGAGGAGAUGGCGCCCGGGCGCGGCGGGGUGUGCGUGCUGCGGCCGUGCGGGCACCGGUUCCACUGGCCGUGCGCGCUGCGGUGGCUGGCGCGCCGCAACACCUGCCCGUGCUGCCGCGCCGAGCUGCCCGCGGAGGACGCGCUCGCCGAGACCCGGCGCCUGUGGCGCGCGGUCGAGAGGAUGGCGGGAGACAGCGGCGGCUGUGCGUGA